UUCCUCCUCUGAAUAUCAGAGCAGAGCACAUUCACAUUCUUCUCCAUGCCUCCACUCUGCAGAUUAUUGCUCGGGCUGCUUCUCCUGCACACUCCUCAUUGGUGCUCCUCUGCAGCUGCAAACGAUACUCUCCUGGCAGGCCAACCGCUCGCCAACGGCCGAAAUCUCGUGUCGAGAAACGGCAAGUUCGCGCUCGGCUUCUUCCAGUUUCAACCAGCAAGCACCGUAAGUAAGUUGCCCCCCAACGCCACCUCUCCCAGCUUGUGGUACCUUGGCAUAUGGUUCAAUAAGAUCCCAGUUUUCACUCCCGUGUGGGUUGCUAAUAGGGAUCAGCCCAUCACCAAAACCAACCUCAACCAAACACUGCUCAAGAUAUCAAGCGAUGGCAACCUUGUCAUCGUAAACCAUUCCGGCAACACUGAGUCUGUUGUUUGGUCCACUCACAUUGUCAACAAUAAGACACAAGCCAGCAACAUAAACAGCACUUGGGCUGCCGUUCUCUUGAACACUGGAAACCUUGUCAUCACAGUAGCAGAGAGCCCAUCAUCAUCUGACCAACUGUUGUGGCAGAGCUUCGACUACCCAAUAGAUAUUGUGCUUCCUGGCGCCAAGUUUGGCCGGGACAAGGUCACCGGUUUGAGUCGCAUAGGAAUCUCAAAGAAAAGCCUCAUUGAUCCGGGUCUCGGCUCAUACAGUGUUGAACUAGACGCCAGCGGGGUUGUCGUCCUCAAGCGCCGAAACCCCUCUGUAGUGUAUUGGCAUUGGGCAUCGUCAUCAUCAUUGAAACUUAUACCGAUACUCAAGUCCAUUAUAGAUAGGGAGCCACGGACCAAAGGUUUGAUUAACCCAGCAUAUAUUGACACCAACCAAGAGGAGUACUACACAUACACUUCACCGGAUGAAUCAUCUUCCACAUUUGUCUCACUAGACAUCUCUGGUCAGAUAAAGCUGAAUGUUUGGUCGCAAGCCAGCCAUUCUUGGCAAAUAAUCUUUUCCCAGCCUGCCGAUUCCUGCACUCCGGCUGCUACCUGCGGACCUUUCACGGUCUGUAACGGCAAUGCGCAGCCAUUCUGUGACUGUAUGGAGAACUUCUCUCAGAAGUCACCGCAGGACUGGGAGUUCCAUGACCGAACAGGAGGAUGCAUCAGAAAUACACCGUUGCAGUGCAGCACUAGUAAUAUUAACAAAAACACGUCAAGUUCAACAGACAUGUUCCAUCCCAUUUCUCAAGUUAUGUUGCCAUACAACCCGCAAAUCAUAGACAUUGCUACCACACAGAGCAAAUGCGAAGAAGCUUGUCUCAGUUCCUGCUCCUGCACUGGUUAUUCCUUUAACAAUAGCAGAUGCUCUGUCUGGAAAGGGGAAUUGCUUGGUGUAAAUCUGAAUGAUGGCAUUGAUAAUACUUCAGAAGAUGUUCUUUACCUCCGCCUUGCCGCAAAAGAUUUGCUGCCAAGUUCGAGAAAAAACAAAAGAAAACCAAACGUUGGAGUUGUUACUGCUGCAAGCAUUGUUGGUUUUGGGUUACUAAUGCUCGUGCUAUUGUUACUUAUUUGGAAGAACAAAUUCAAGUGUUGUGGUUUGUCUUUAUAUGACAUUAAAGAUAGUGCCGGUGGGAUUAUAGCCUUCAGAUACACUGAUUUAGUUCGUGCUACUAAAAGCUUCUCAGAAAAGCUGGGAGGAGGUGGUUUUGGUUCUGUAUACAAGGGAGUGUUAAGUGAUACGAAGACUCCUAUAGCAGUGAAAAAGCUUGACGGUGCCAGUCAAGGAGAGAAGCAAUUCAGGGCCGAGGUGAGCUCAAUUGGACUGAUCCAACAUAUUAACCUAGUCAAAUUGAUUGGUUUUUGCUGCGAAGGUGAUCACAGAUUACUUGUUUAUGAACACAUGUUAAAUGGGUCUCUUGAUGGUCAUCUAUUUAAGAAGAGAGAUAAUGCUUCUGUGCUAAGCUGGAACAAGAGAUAUCAGAUAACACUAGGAGUUGCCAGAGGGUUAUCCUACUUGCAUCAGAGUUGCCGCGAAUGCAUUAUACACUGUGAUGUUAAGCCAGAAAACAUACUUGUGGAUGCAUCAUUUGUUCCUAAGGUUGCAGACUUUGGGUUGGCAGCUCUUGUGGGAAGGGAUUUUAGCCGAAUUCUGACAACAUUCAGAGGAACUGCAGGUUAUCUUGCCCCGGAGUGGCUUAGUGGAGUUGCUAUUACACCGAAAGUUGAUGUUUACGGAUUCGGCAUGGUACUGAUGGAGAUCAUAUCGGGAAGGAGGAAUUUCUCACCUGAAACAUCACACAAUACUAGCAGCAGCAGCAGCAGUUAUGAUGUUGAAUAUUUUCCUGUGCAAGCCAUCAGCAAGCUUCACAUUGGAGAUGUGCGGAGUUUGGUGGAUCCACAACUACAUGGUGACUUCAAUUUGGAAGAGGCUGAAAGGGUUUGCAAAGUUGCAUGCUGGUGCAUCCAAGAUAAUGAGUUUGAUCGGCCGACGAUGGGUGAAGUGGUCCGUGUUCUCGAGGGUUUACAGGAGAUUGAUAUACCUCCGAUGCCAAGACUACUUGCAGCCAUAGCGAAACAUUCUGGUGCUGCAACUUCAGUGUAAUAAUAAGUAGCAGUCGAUGCUACUAAUCUUUGUAAUUUCAGACAUUUUUUAAUUGUAGUAAUGUGGAGCAGAAGGAAUAAAGGAAGGCAAAGCUUGCAGCUACUAA